UGAGAUGGAUGAUGAUAUUGAUGGCAGCAAGGCAACUCCUAUGGGAGGCAACAACAACUCUACCCUCUCCAAAGAUGAUAUCCCAAGUCUGGUAGCCCAGUUGGAGUCAACAGAUCCAGCAACGGCUCUAGAGGCAUUGGUCAGCUUUAGGAAGAUGCUUAGCAAAGAGGAUAACCCACCUAUUGCUGGUGUUAUUGCCGCUGGGGUGCUACCUCGCUUUAAACAAUUACUGGACAAUCCAUCGAUCAGCAAGAUGCAAUUCGAGGCCGCUUGGGCCCUCACAAACGUCGCGAGUGGCAACUCUGAACAGACCAGGGCAGUCAUUGAACUCGGCGCUGUGGAUUCCUUCCGUGAGCUCCUCAGCUCUGACGACACUGAUCUUCAAGAGCAGUCCAUCUGGGCUCUAGCAAACAUCGCUGGUGACGGUGCAGUUGUCCGGGACGCUUGCCUGGAACGAGGCGUCCUACCUCCCCUUCUUGCGGUCAUCAGAGGAGGGAAGAACAUCAACAUAGUCCGUCUUGGUACUUGGGCUGUUAGCAACUUCUGUCGAGGCAAACCAGUACCAUCCCUUGAUCGCAUCGUAGGAGCUCUGCCCACCUUGGCUAUGGUGAUCGGUCUGGAGGAUGUGGAGGCUCUAGCAGACGCCUUAUGGGCCAUAUCGUACAUCUGCGAUGGCCCGACGGAGCGUAUAGAGGCAGUAUUGCAAAGUGGUAUGAUACCACGUAUGGUGCAGCUAUUGGCACAUAACAGUACACAGGUCCAUACACCGGCGUUGAGAGCUGUUGGUAACAUAGCAACAGGUUCCCCUCAUCAGACAGGAGCAGUGGUUGAUGCUGGGGUUCUACCAGCUCUCCUCAAACUUAUAACAAGCCCUCGCAAGACAGUUCGGAAAGAGGUGGUAUGGACCGUUAGCAACAUAUGUGCUGAUCAACAAACGCAAAUUCAGAAGGUGAUCGAUAGUGGUAUCUUGGGGCCUAUUGUGGAGAUCCUUGGUGGUGGUGCUGAUUAUGAUGUUAGGAAGGAGGCGGUAUGGACUGUAUGUAACCUAUGCUCGGGAGGUAGCCCUGAACAGAUCAAAUAUGUUGUGGAUAAAUACCCGACUAUGGCGACACUGAGUUCGAUAUUGGACAUCAAAGAUAGUAAGAUGGUCCAAGUAGCAUUAGAGGCAUUCGAGGGGAUACUCAGAACGGGAGCCUAUGAGGGGGACAAGAGGGAGUCUUCCACGAACAUCUACAUACAGGCUCUCGAGGAAUGCGGAGCUCUAAGUAAGAUUGAGGACCUACAACAGGAUGAGAGUGAGGAUAUCUAUAUAAGAGCCGUUAGGAUUCUGGAGAAUUACUGUGAAGUCGAGGAGAAUGAGAAUGAUGCUGUGGGAGGCAACAACAACCAGCAGCAGCAGCAGCAGCAAGUGUUGGUUGAUGGUCUGGGUGGUGUUGGUAGCCAGCAUCCUACAUUCGUAUUCCAUUGACAUGAUGAUAAUUAGAGUAGUAGCAUCUCCAUUGCAUGGUGGUAGUAGCGUCGUUCCUACUGC